UGGGCCUAACUGUUCAGGACCAGAGCGCCCAUGAGCUGGCUGCUGUGCCUGGGGGCCCCACGCUCCCUACACGGUGCUCCCACUCCCUCACUGCACCAGGGUCAGUUCCAGGCCAGUCAAGGGGGUUCCCUGACUUUGCCCCAGGGCUGGGUGGGCUGCCCUGACCAGGCGGGUGAGUGGCCUUGAGAUUGCAGGCAGACACAACAAGGGGCGGGGACAGUGAGGGUAUCAGGAGCCCCAGGCCAGCUGAGCCCCAGAGCGCUGCGCCAUGCACCCUGCGGAGCGCACCGUGGUGCUCAUCACCGGCUGCUCCUCGGGCAUCGGCCUGCACCUGGCCGUCCGCCUGGCCUCGGAUCCGUCCGGGAGCUUCAAAGUGUAUGCCACCAUGCGGGACCUGGCAGCGCAGGGCGCGCUGUGGGAGGCGGCCCGGGCCCGGCACUGCCCGCCUGGGACCCUGGAGACGCUGCAGCUGGACGUGAGGGACUCGGACUCAGUGGCGGCUGCCCGGGCACGCGUGGUAGAGGGCCGCGUGGACGUGCUGGGUGAGGGUCCCCCGAGCGCACGUGCAGAGCCCUCCUGCGCGGGGACACCAGGGACAGGCUGGGCGGGGCGGACACUCGGUCGGCUCUCCCGCAGUGUGCAACGCGGGCCGCGGGCUCCUUGGGCCGCUGGAAGCGCACGGGCUGGGCGCUGUGGGCUCCGUGCUGGACGUGAACGUGGUGGGGACCGUGCGGACGGUGCAGGCCUUCCUGCCGGACAUGAAGCGGCGCGGCUCGGGACGCGUGCUGGUGACUGGGAGCGUGGGAGGCCUGAUGGGGCUGCCCUUCAACGCUGUGUACUGUGCCAGCAAGUUCGCGCUGGAGGGUCUGUGCGAGAGCCUGGCGGUUCUGCUGCUGCCCUUCGGGGUCCACGUGAGCCUCAUCGAGUGCGGCCCGGUGCACACCGCCUUCCACGAGAAGCUGGAGGGCGGCCCGGGGGGAGCGCUGGCCCACACAGACGCCCGCACGCGCCAGCUCUUCUCGCUCUACCAGCGGCACUGCGAGCAGGUGGCGUGCGACGCGCAGGACCCGGAGGAGGUGGCAGAGGUCUUCCUGGCUGCCCUUCGUGCCCCGCAGCCCGCCCUGCGCUAUUUCUGCACGGAGCGCUUCCUACCUCUUGCGCGCCUGCGCCUCGAGGACCCGAGCGGCCGCAGCUACGUGGAUGCCAUGCACCGCGCCGUGUUCGCCGCCGACCCCGGGGCUGGGGUGUCUGGGGGCUCCGUGCCGGGCGCCGCCCCCUGUGAAGGCUGACCCCGCCCACUGGGGCAGGGCCCUGGCCUCUGAAGGGCCUCCACUGUGACCCGUGCUCCGGGCUGCUGCUAAGCCUGAGAUAAUAAAGCUACAGUUAUGGUUAUUA